UUGCCGAAAAAAUGUAAACAAAUAAACAUAACCUUUCUCUCUCGCACUUACUACACACAUAAUUCGCAUAAUAAUGGCUUUAUUAUUAAAUUUAAGAUAUUCCCUGCCCAAGGUAUUAAAAAUUACAAAUACCAACAGCUUAGGUCAAAGGAGUAUAAGCACAACGCCUUCAUUGUUAUGGUUGAAUCAAAAACUGGCUCGUUCGAGCAACGAAAAAGAGAAACGUUAUCUGGAAAAGGAUAGAGUACCACAAAAUUACCAAUUAAUCUAUCGAGCACCUAUGGAAUCAUAUGUAGCCUGGUCUAUGCAUGUUUCCACCAUAACAGCUUCUAUAAUUGGUACAGCUGCCAUUUAUCAAUAUGCAAGUAAUCAGCCAAUACUGGAGCCUUUAGAUACUACUCUAGCAAUGAGUAGUGAAGAUAUCUAUUAUUUUGCUUUUGGUUUUAUGGCUAUAAAUGCUGUUAUGCGCUUUGUUGUGUCCAUGUUUCCCUUGAGAAUAUAUAAGGAUCAAGAAAAAUAUUUGGCAAUUUAUCACUCUCAACUACCCAUGAAUAUAAAACAGCAUCAAUUUAAAAAGGGACAAGUAACGGCAGUUUAUUACAAUUUCAGUCCUUGGAAUAAUGCAACUUAUAAAUUGGGCAAUAAGACAUCAUUAUUAUUGGAGGAUUAUUUUAAAACUCCUUCAGAAUUUCAUCAAAUGAGCGAAAAUGAAGAAAAAUUUAAACAAAACUAAGAUGAGGUCAUAUGAUUAUUUUUAAUAAAUAAUAUUUUAUAUUGAGA